CAUUGAUGCGUGAGCCGACACCCACCCCUACGCGUAACAUCCAAGCUUAACCUCUCCUCCUUCACUCUCUCUUGCACUGAAACUUGCUCUUCUCCAUUACCAACCUAACAAACCAAAAAACAAAAAAAAAAAAAAAAAAAGGAGAAAUCGCUCUUCUGAUACCUCAAAGUAGACGAAUUUCAGUCUUCUGUGCUUUUACCUUUCUCAAUUUAAAAGUUUUAUCACUGUGAUAGAGGGCGACGGAGGGACUGCAAUGGCAGAGUCAGGUUCCGCGAAGAGCCGAACCAGGGACCUGGACAAACUCCUUCUCCGGCCUGGAAAUCUCGUCGGUUCCACCUUCGAACCCGGCACCGAAUUUUGUUGUCUGAAACUUUAGUCUGGGAUUUGUUGCAGUUGAGGGACGACCUGCACAAGUAUGCGCGAGUCCUAGUCGUAGGUGCUGGUGGGUUGGGGUGUGAGCUUCUCAAGGACUUGGCUCUUUCGGGUUUCCGAAAUCUGGAGGUCAUUGACAUGGACCGCAUCGAGGUCUCCAAUCUCAAUCGCCAGUUCCUUUUCAGGCUUGAAGAUGUUGGUAAACCAAAGGCAGAGGUAGCUGCAAAGCGUGUCCUGGAGAGAGUUAGCGGUGUGAACAUUGUGCCUCAUUUUUGCCGAAUUGAGGACAAGGAAAUCAAAUUUUAUAAUGAUUUUACUAUUAUUGCCCUUGGCCUUGAUUCUAUUGAGGCUCGGAGCUAUAUAAAUGCUGUAGCUUGCGGUUUUCUGGAGUAUGAUGAAGAUGAUAAUCCACGAGAAGAAACAAUCAAACCUAUGGUGGAUGGUGGUACAGAAGGUUUCAAGGGUCAUGCUAGGGUUAUCAUGCCAGGGGUUACACCAUGCUUCGAGUGUACUAUUUGGCUUUUCCCCCCUCAAGUGAAGUUUCCCUUGUGUACACUUGCUGAAACUCCUAGAACCGCUGCUCAUUGCAUUGAAUAUGCCCAUCUAAUUAAAUGGGAUGAGGUUCAUAAUGGAAAAGCUUUUGAUCCUGACGAUCCAGAUCAUAUGAAGUGGGUUUACAACGAGGCUGUCAAGAGAGCUGACCUUUUUGGCAUUCCAGGAGUUACAUAUUCUCUUACACAGGGGGUUGUAAAAAAUAUUAUACCAGCAAUUGCUUCUACAAAUGCAGUUAUUUCUGCUGCAUGUGCACUGGAAGCCUUGAAAAUUAUGUCAGGAUGCAGCAAAACUCUUUCAAACUAUUUAACGUAUAAUGGCGGGGAGGGUCUCCACACUAAAGUGACUGAAUUUGUGAAGGACAAGGACUGUCUUGUAUGUGGUCCAGGUGUUCUAAUUGAGCUGGACGUUUCAAUUACUCUACAAAAGUUAAUUGAUCAACUUGAAGAGGACCCUAAGCUGCUGAUAUCAAAAGCGAGCAUCAUACAUCAAGGGAAAAAUCUUUACAUGCAAGCACCUCCAGUUCUGGAAGAGAUGACGCGAUCAAACCUAAGUCUACCACUUUACAAUCUUAUGGGAAAAGUCUCAAAGGAUGUUAUUCAUGUGAGUGGCAUGGCUAGCAAGAAUGACAAGAAAAUCUCAUGCCUGAGAAAAUUGCGAGUUGUUUUCAAGGGAAUUGAUGGGGUGACAGAUAUGGAUAUGGCUGGUGGGGCAUGAUUUGGAUAUGAGAAACCAGAUUCUUAAGAACUUGGAAAGGCAAUGCCGGAACCUCUCAAAGCACAAACUGAUAUAUCUUCUAUAACCACCAUUCCCUCUGGUCCCUAUUUGUGUUGCCUUUUGCUCGUCCGGGAAUUAUGUCAGUGAAUUGUAGACAUGAAUCAGGUGAGGGUAGGUAUUAUUUAUAUUGAGAAGAGCAGUUUGAAAUGUCAAUUUCUGACCAGGAGGAAAUGAAACGUUCAGAGUCUAUUUGAACUUUAUGGUUAGUAGAGUAUCUACUUCAAAGAUGCACACUUAAGGUUAUAAAACUCUUCCUGCAUAUCAUUUAGAUUUGUCUGAACAAAAUGUUUGAAGUGCAUCUGUUGAAGGUAAACAAAGAAAAAGCAAUUUUCAUGUGGCAUUGGGUUCUUGAUUCUUAACUUGUAAAUACUCCAAUGACAUCUGUGAUAUGUGACGUGAUUUUA